GCCGAAAUUCAAGCAAGUCUCCGGAUCCCGUAAGCGGCGAGGUCAAGGUAUCGGCUGGAGUUCCACGGAGUUCUCACAGAAGUAUCGUGUGAACUUGUGAUACUCUGCAGAAUCCUUCGGCUUGAAUAGUUGGCUGAAUGCGUGGUGAAUGUGCUGAAAGAAAACCGCUGAUACACUAACGUGGGUAUAAAAGUCGACUGUGCUCUGACAUGGAGGCCUGUGUUGCUUCUUUGAGAAAGAGUAUUGGCCUACGUCGAAUUCACUCAGAUCAUAGCUUCUCACCAUGUCUCCUAUCCUGGUUGGAAUCAUUGGGUUGGGCGCCAGUAAAGCCUCAAUGGCGCCUGGAACUUGGAGAGUCAUUGCUCAUCCCGCAUCGAUCCAAGGCCUGCCAGACUACACGAUCUUUGCCGUUUCAAACCCCACCGUCGAGUUUGCAAAGAGAUCAAUCGACGCACAUGGACUCCUUGCGGACACCAGAGUGUACGGAGAUGCAGAAGAUAUUGCCAACGACCCGAACGUUGGCAUCAUCGUUGUCAGCGUCGAGCCCCUCGGAUCGAACGUUGAUCAAGCAAUGAGAUUGGCCAGGAUGACCUCAGACAACAGUAUGAAAACGUUGGUUGGCUUGCAAUCUCGACCUGAUCCCCUGGUUCAAAUGGUCAAGAGCCUCCCUUUAAGCGGAUUUAUCGGUCGAGUGACGAGCUCCAGUGUAGUUGCUUUUCCAAGCACAUUUGCCGUGGACUUGUGGUCCAAGGGAGCGGAAUAUUACCCUGAAUUCAACAGUGGUGGCAAUGCGUUCACCAUCUACUUUGGACAUGAGUUUUAUCUGCCAGUUCUUCAUGUCUUUACCUACGUCCUUGGUGACUUCGCCGAUGUCCGAGGACCGCUCAAGACUCAAUAUACGACGAUAAAACUGAUGGAUGGCUGGAACGGCAAAGCCCCGAACCCGGCCUAUCCCAAGACAGCAACCGACCACAUCCUCGUGCAAGACCCACUCAAAACUGCUGCAGCAACAUCCAUACCUUUCCGCAAGAUCAAGUCAGCGGAUGAAAACGUGGGGACCCAUUGGAUCAUCACUGGCACCGAAGGCAAGAUCGAAAAUGUCACCCUGGAGAGCGGAUUUGCAACGGCAACCCCGGACCCAGCACGGCGUUCGUUGCAGUUGAAGAUAGACACAGCUGGAAAGGCCAAGAACGUUGACUUUGCAGCUGAUGACAAGUCACCAGCUGCCCAAGUUCUGUUUCCCGGAACCAGCGCUGCCAGGCUGUAUGAAGACCCCACAAAGGGAGGAGGAGAUCAAGUGGCAAGUGGCCUCCUUUGAGUCAGCUCUCAGGACUUGUGUUCUGUUGGGAGGAUUACGAAACUGCUGGGUGGGAAUUGUAGGAUGCUCUGGACCACUUGGGAACCUCGGGUAGGUUGUGUUGAAAGCAAUAAGCCAAAGACUCGACCUUUGUUAGUUGCAGUGCUUAAUGCCGUUGCCGGCUCAUAUGAUAACUGAUCUGUG